AUGGCGCAGCUUGACAGCCUCCCCGCUGAGAUUGUAAAUCAUCUCCUGGGGUUUAUCCCCAGAUCUGAUCUCGUGGCUCUAUCCUAUGUCAGCCAAGCCCUGCGCCGAUCAGCCGAGCCAUUUCUGUAUGCGAACAUUGCUUUUGACUGGGACUAUCGUCAGGUGCCUCCGGUCGUCCCUCUUCUUCGCACCCUCCUCCGGAGGCCAGAGCUUUUCGCCUACAUAGACUCUGUGACCAUGGUUGGAAACGAGUUUGCCAUUGGAACACGACCUAAACCUCUGGACCCAACCAAGAUGCCGUUGGAUUCUUUUCAAGCCGCGAUCGAGAAGACCCAGGUGCCUUAUACCAGUCUCUGGAUUGAGCAAUUGAAAUCGGGUUCAGGAAGCAUGGAUGCGCUUAUUGGUCUGUUCAUUGCCAAUCUUUGCAAGAUAAGAUUCCUCGCAAUCACACACAACUUCAUCUCCGGGUUCCAAAUCACCAGUCGAGUCCUGCAGUCCAAGAUCCUUGGCCAGAUACCCAAUUACUCUGCAGUCUUUGGCCAGCUGCCCAGAUUCGAACAGCUGAACCGGCUCAUUUAUUACAAGGAGCGCUCCGCUUCAGACAUUGGCAUCUUCCCAGAGGUGAUGUCUCUAUUUUAUCUUCCAACAGCCAGUGACUUGGUUGUCAAUAUACCGAACCCCCAGAUGCCAUUUGAAUGGCCGGCAGGAGAGCCUGACCUCAGCCACCUGACCUCGCUCGAGGUUGAUUGGGUCUAUCCGCGCUGCUUGGCUGAGAUUCUUGAGCACACACGUAAUCUGAAAACGCUCUACUGGAAUUGGCAAUAUAAUGAGUACGGCACUGAGAGAUCUGGCUCUCUAUUGGACUAUGAUCACAUCACGACGGCCCUAAUACCCCUCAGGAGAACGUUGGAGAGGUUCCAUUUCCGCUUGGAGGGGAGCUCGCUUGAGUAUAUUGACGAGGGGAUAGCCACUACAGGAUCAUGGGAUGGCCUUCACGACUUUGAGCGUCUCGUCCAUCUUGAUGUUCCCCUGAUUUCUCUUACCGGCGUGGACGUUGUACCUGAACCCAUGGAGCGCCAUAUCCCGCCCAGCGUCGAGACGCUCUGCCUCACGCCCGCCAUGCUGAUUCAUGAAGAGGCAGUCUUGUGGGUUUUAUAUCCGGCAGAUGCCCCACAAGAGGAGCUUGAGCAGUUGGUUAUAGAGGACUGGCACCCCGAAGGAGAAGUAAUCAAGCCGAUCAAGGCGUUGGCGGAGAAUUGUCCACAAGCGCUGCCACGGCUUCGUCGCAUAGACUUCCUGGGGGAGGGGGGGACAUGGAACAGGCGGAUGGAUACGUUGAUGAGCGAGGCUAAUCUUGAGUAUGACGUUGAGCUCCGGGUGACACACGAGGAAGACUGGCAUAAACGCCACCUUCCCGACUAUGUAUUUGAUAUCUAG